GGUUGAUGGUGAUGAGAUGCAAUGCCAGAGGUGACAACACUAAUGAGUCAUGCGAAGGAGAAGAUCAAGCUGAGCUUUGAUGUUGUUAGCAAGCGACCCCUACUCAAGGAAAUCAUGGAUAUUAUUAAUAAACACUGUGUGAAUCAGAUGGACCAUCCUCUAUAUGGUGCUGCACUAUAUUUGAAUCAAGGAAAAAAUCCAGCCUCUUAUAAAAGACAACGAUGAUGCUACUGUUGGGCAGCUAAAGGGUUCUUUCAUUGAUGUGCUAGAUAGAAUGGUGGAAGACGAAGAUACUAGAGACAAAAUUCAUGCCCAAUCCUUGGACUAUGAAGCCCUUAGAGGAGAAGUAUUCUCAAAGAAAAGUGCUAAAGAAAAUAUUGAGUCCAUGAGCGCUCUUGAUCGGUGGAGUUCAUAUGGUGGUCGUGCUAUUGAAAUUCAAAGGUUUGCUAGGCAUAGUGUAAGUCUUAGUUCAUCUUCAUCUGGCAGCGAGAGGAAUUGGAGCACUUUUGAGUUUAUCCACACAAAGAAAAGAAAUCGGUUGCUGCACAAGAGAUUGAAUUCAAUUGUUUUUGUUUCUUACAACCGGAAGAUGAAGACUAGGUUCCAGUUAAGGCGUGAGAGGAAAGGGAAAACUUUUGAUCCUUUGGUCAUUGAGGAGUUUGAUUGGGACCAUGAGUGGGUGACUCGUCACACGUGUUCCCUCGAGGUCGUCGUGGUUGUGACAUUGAUGAGAAUGGUCUUACUUGGCAGCUUGUUGAUGAAGCCAUUGGUGCAUCAAGCUCACUACGAGGCCGCAAUCUUCCAAGGAAUGCUAACAAGUGUGCAAGAAGUUCAAAUCGAGGGUUGGUUGAAAUUGACUCAGGAUGAUGAUGCUUCCAAUGGUUGCAAUGCUGGUGGAGAUGGCAUGCAAGCUGCUGCAAACAUUGUUGAUGAGUUUGAUGUUGGAUAUUGA